GGAAGAGGAGACUGAAGGGAGACCUCAUCAGAGUUACAUCUUCCUCACCACAGGAGGAGGAGGAGGAGCAGGGCUGUUCCAGAGCAGCAAGCACUGAAGUGGCCAAUACCGCAAGUGAGAUUCAAACCUUUCUGUUUGCUUUGUACCUGAAUCAUAUAUUCACUGAGAAAAAUGGAUGGGUUUUUAAAGGAAAUCCUGGACCCUUCAGAACAAGACAUGUUUGACCACUUAACACGGAUGAAAACGUCUUCUAUAAACACCUUCAGGAACCCAUGUGCAGAGCAUGCCCUGACCUCUGCUACCCUGGGUCUGCCCAGCCACCUCAUCGAGUACCACCACCCAAAGCCUGCCUACACCACUUAUGUGGCCCCUGUGGUGAAGAAGUUCAUUGAGCAGGAUGAGCAGAGAAAGGCUGCAUUCAACCACCCAGCAAAGGCAGAGCCAAAUGGAGAGUCUCAAGAAGCUGAUUCUGAGGAGGAAACCCAAGUGCUGUCCAUGCUGAGCGAAAGUAGCAGCACCUCUGUGACUGAGGAGGAGUCUGAUGGAAUACCCACAGCUGAGAGCAGUUUGCCACCACCAAAUGUUUGCUACAGGGUUAUAUUUGCAAGAAAACCUCCCUCGUGUGUGCUACCAUCUAGUUCCCUGGUACAGUCCAGCAAGAAGGAAUGAUCUGUCCACAGCUAGAAAUAAAGAAAAUAAAACGAUGCUCUCAGGUGUUCCCCAGACUACAUUAAACUGCAAAUGCAAAUCAAACUUAACUUUGACUCAUUUGAAUCAAAGCAGACAAGCACAAAAGUGGUGAUAUAACAUUUUGCACUUUUCUGCCCUCAGGUCAGAAGGAAACCAUAACCGCUGAAGUUGACUCCCUUGCAUCGACAGCUGCUUUGCUUCUCGGAAACGCCCUGCCAAGGGUGCUGUGCAGAGGCCCCGCAUGGAGGUGCGGAUGCCUGCA